AUGAUACGCCGUGCAGCCUACAAGCAAGUUUUUGUGAUUGAUUCGCCAUGGUCACAGCCCCCACAGCAAAGCCAUGGGCUUAACGAACCUCUACUGUCCUCAGAAUCGCCACAAUCAUCUCUGCCAUCGCUAUCGUCAUCGCCAUCGCUAUCAUCAUUGCCAUCCUCAACCUCAUCCUCAUCAUUACCAUCAUUAUCGAUAACGAACUCAUUGCAGCAACAACUAGAUACUGACAAUGAUGACACUAGUAUCAGGUGCAGCAAGAUCUUCAGCGCGCACCAGGUACCGGUUCACCUUUUUAAACGUCAGCGUGCGAUUCUACUCAAGGACCUCGAAAGAAUCGCGCCUGAAUUUGAGUACAUCCUGACAGAGCAAGGGACUGUUGUCUUUAGUAGGAGCGAACCGCCCUCACCAAGUGUAUCAGGCACUCCGGCCAAGAUAUCAUCGCUACCAUCGUCAUCGCUUGGCCAGAAGCAACCUCCAGCCUUUAUUGCAAUCCAUGAAGAGAUGGAAGACAAGAAUUGGUAUAUUUAUGUCAAGCCCACCAUAUCAAUGUCAUCUCCUGGAAACACUACCACAUCACUCCUUUUAAGGAACCCAUUCUCUGUCUUGCCUACGGGAUCUUUACCGACACAGCCGAGUUCCCUAAGGGGCCAAGGAAAGGGGAGCGGUGGCGACCCGGAAGAACUUAACCAGGAUAGGAGGGCAGGAUAUGAAAGGCGAGGACAACAAGAGCGGAGUCAUCCGAUGUUAGUUGAAGAGCACAUCGAUCAGGAGCUGCAUGUGGAAGACGGAGGAGGAACGCGCUCAUGUCAGAAUUCUGUCGGCCAAUCACAAUAUGAAUCUUGGGCACGGUCUUGGAUUCUACAGUCGCACAAUACACAAAUGCGUUUAUCAACAUCACUGUCGACUUUUACCUACUCUUCUUCCUCUUCUUCUUUAUUUCUUCCAACAUCGACAAGUACAAAAAUAUCCUCCUCAUCAUCAUUGCAUACCAUGGCGAUUCCUUCCACAACAUGCACAGCUGAAUGCCGUUGGAACACUGCGGCUCUUCAAGACCAACUCACCCAUUUGGCACAAACACUAAUCUCUGUUGUAGAUAAUAAAGAUGGUGCACAAGAAGGACAUUCCAGCAAGGACAAGGUCCGAAAGCUGGCCAGCAGUAUCCUAGAGACACUUCCAUCCCCAGCAUCGACCCAUAAAAACAUAGGUUUGGCUACUCCGGAGGUGACACCAACCUCAACGCCACUCAUUUUUGCAAGCCCAAGGCAAUCACCUCGUUGCAGCGGUGCAAGCGUAGAAUCGAGCAGCAAUAGCCAAGGGCUCACAGAAUUCAUGUUACCAAAUACAAUGUUGUCCACCCUCCACAACCAUAGCCAUGGUCAUGAUCAUGGGCUGAAUGAUAACAAUAGUAGCCUCAUUAUAAACCAGACAAGUGAGCCGAUGUUGAGAGAUUCUGUCUCUCACUUUUCAAAUUACUAUAUGAAUUUCCCUCCUCUCCCUUUCUCCCCAUCUACACUUCCACCAACGAUAGCACAGCCAAUGGCAAGGAGUCUUUCUAUUCCAAAGGAAGAGGUUGAGGGAACUGCAUCGUCAUCAAAGCAAAUAACGGAAAAUCAACACCAACAGAAAGUCAAAAGCAGGAAAAAUUCACUCUUGUCGAUUUUUGAUAAGAAUAUAAGUCAAACCUCUCGCCGUCUAGAAGAGGAUCGUGAAGGGGACUGGAACCAGCAGCACCAACAGCACCUAGUAGGCCGGAUCGAAAACAGAAAAGGAAGAUCCAGAGCAAAUAGUUGGCUUAUAGCCAAGCUAAGCCCAGGAAGCAACUCGGACAGCAAAAAACAGAAGCAACCCCUGGUUCAAGGCAAACAAGAGCCUGCUCAUUCCCCAAGCCCUAGAUCACCGGGAGCAAUGCAUGGAAGUUGUUCUAGUUUGUUUUCAUCACCAUUACCGUCACCAUCAUUAUCACCAUCACCGCUGUCGCCUUUUCCUACUUCUCAGCCAUCAAAACGAUCACUUUCAAGGAUCGCACCAUCCCUAACUCCUCAGUCAUUUAAGCGAAUCACAGCAUCCAUUAACUUCCGUCGCAGAUCUUCAUCUACACCUAUGUCAUCUUCGGGAGCACUUCCCCCUGUAGCAUCGCAUGCAGGGGUGGAACCGACUGCUACAAUGACCUCUAUACCCGAGAGACCAGCAAUUUCCAUGAAUCGUUCUCACUCCAUAGAUAUUGGUUCCUAUCACCAUCACUCACACUCCGUUUGCUAUCCUCGCUCUAUAUCACAGUCACUAUCUCCCUCAGUAACUUCAUUCUCAGCGCCUCGCACGCCACGGACAGUUGCUACUGCUUCGUUCUUUGACUCUGCUUCGGAUGAUUCUGAUACAACCGAUGACAACGAAGAUCCGCCAUGCUCCCGACCUCAAGCACAAAGGCAUACCAGUGGCCUGCAGGCACCUCGACAUCGCCAAUAUCUACACCAUGGCAGUCGUUCGAAUCACGAGUCAGAAUUCAUGGUGCCGGCUGAAGAAGGAUUGCAGCACCAGGUUGACAGGGAUACUGACACUGAUACCGACACGGGCAGCGAUACUGAGAGUGAUAGCGACAGUGAUAGCGAUUUCUAUGGUACCGAGGAUGCUGGGCGUAGCGUUAAUGAGAUCCGUCAUGGACAGAGACAAGAUGAACCAGAGCGGCAGCAUCAUCCUUUGUCUCACAACCAACAACAACUAAACAGCUUGGCACAGUACGCGAUCCCACCAACUCACCGCCAAGCUGUCGCAUUCGAUCUUCAAACACUGGCAGGAUAUGAGCACCAAUUCGAUAAUGUCCCUCCACCCUCAUACCACUCAUUGGUGCAAGCAGGAAAUGCUCCCAGAUCCUCCUCUUUCAAUACAUUUAUUCCCUUUGAAUCAUUGAACGUACAACCUACUUUUGCAGAUUCACAGCCUGUGAACAUACAGGCAAUUGAGCAAACGUUAACCUCAUCAACGUCAGUCAGGUCAUUGUCACCACCACUAUCGCAGGGAUCUUUAUCAUCACAAUCGGGCCCUCAUGUUCGCGCUGUAUCUCAUCAAGUCCUGAACACCCUUCUCGAGCUGUUGCAUCAAUUUGAAAACCAUAUCCAAGACGAGUUUAAGACACCAGCAUUCAAGCAUAGAAGACCAAAUACCAAUCGUGAUCAUGAUCAUGAUCAAAGCCACUCAAACUCCUCGACACCAACUGCAACAGCAGUAGCGACAGCAGCAGCGGCAGAAUGGCACAACCGCCGUCCACAAAACGUGUCUUCAUUUGCCUAUUUGCUCAUUGAAUUGCAACAGAUUGGUAUUUCUUCAAAUGCUAUGAGUGAAUUAUGGCACCAACCACAGCAAGGACAGCAACAUUGGCUUACCCUAACAGGCAACGCAUCCUCUGAAGCUGAGCUAGCUACAUCAUUAAUUAUUUUGGAGAAAAACUGUGUAUUUGGUAUGGAUAGGGAGCGGUGGUGUGGCGCCAAUGGUACAAGAGAACAGUGGUUGAACAGUUUACAAGAAAUCGUAGAAAAUAGCUAA